UGGAUCGCGGCCCGAGCCGCCAUUGUUCCGCGAGCGCCGGCAGCGGGGCCCGGCCCUGGCGCCGAGACGCCGCUUAGCGGCCGCCGCUGGAGACACGCCGUCCCGCCGCCCCGUGCCCCCGGCGGCCGAGCGAGGCGGACGCGGCGCGGCUGCGAGCCCCUGUCCCGGCGGCGGCUGCCGACCCCCGGCCCCGGCCCCGGCCCCGGCGCGAGGGGCGGCCGCGAUGCGCUGGGCCUGAGGCCCCGGCCCGGCGUCCGCGCGCCCGCGAGCGGGGGAACAUGGCUGCGCAGGGCUGGCAGGACGAGCUGGCGCGGCGCGCCGAGGAGGGCUCGGCCCGGCUGCGCGAGGUGCUGUCGCUCGGCCUGGGCUUCCUGCGCAGCGAGCUGGGCCUCGACCUGGGGCUGGAGCCGCGGCGGUACCCGGGCUGGGUGAUCCUGGUGGGCACCGCCGCGCUCGGGCUGCUGCUGCCGCUGCUGCUCUGCUACGGCUGGGCCGCGGCGUGCGCCGGCGCCCGCAGGAAGCGGAGGAGCCCGCCCCGCCGGCGGGAGGAGGCGGCCCCGGCCCCCGCCCCGGCUCCGGGCCCCGACGACGCGGGCCUGCCGAGGAGCCUGCGCGGCGACGAGCCGAAGAAGCGGAGCCGCAAGAAAGCGCCCGACAAGCCCAAGCCAAAUGGACGGACUGUUGAAGUGGCUGAUGAGGAACUUGUCCAAACUCCUCGAAGUAUUACAGCAAAGCAGCCCUUAGAGACAGAUAAGAAAAAUGAAAAGUCAAAGAAAAAUAAGAAGAAAUCAAAAUCAGAUGCUAAAGCAGUGCAAAACAGUUCACGCCAUGAUGGAAAGGAAGUUGAUGAAGGAGCCUGGGAAACUAAAAUUAGUCACAGAGAGAAACGACAGCAGCGUAAACGUGAUAAGGUGCAGACUGAUUCUGGUUCAUUGGAUUCAACUAUCCCUGGGAUAGAAAAUACCAUCACAGUUACCACCGAGCAACUUACAACUGCAUCAUUUCCUGUUGGUUCCAAGAAGAAUAAAGGUGAUUCUCAUCUAAAUGUUCAAGUUAGCAACUUUAAGUCUGGAAAAGGAGAUUCUACACUUCAGGUUCCUUCAGGAUUGAACGAAAACCUCACUGUAAAUGGAGGAGGCUGGAAUGAAAAGUCUGUCAAACUCUCCUCACAGAUCAUUGCAGGUGAGGAGAAGUGGAACUCUGUGUCCCCUGCUUCCGCAGGCAAGAGGAAAAGUGAGCCAUCUGCCUGGGGUCAAGACACUGGAGAUGCAAAUGGAAAAGACUGGGGAAGGAGUUGGAGUGACCGUUCGAUAUUUUCUGGCAUUGCUGCUUGGUCUAGUGUGGAUAGGGGAAUGAAUACCUCUGAACAGAAUUCUGCUUCUUUUGCAUCUCUCACACUUAACUCUGCUGUUUCUGGGUCUACUGCUGAGCCAGUUUCUCAUUCUACCACUUCUGAUUAUCAGUGGGAUGUUAGCCGUAAUCAACCCUAUAUCGAUGAUGAAUGGUCUGGGUUAAAUGGUCUGUCUUCUGCUGAUCCCAGCUCUGAUUGGAAUGCACCAGCAGAAGAGUGGGGAAAUUGGGUAGAUGAAGAAAGAGCUUCACUGCUAAAGUCCCAGGAACCAAUUCCUGAUGAUCAAAAAGUUUCAGAUGAUGAUAAAGAAAAGGGAGAGGGAGCUCUUCCAACUGGAAAAUCUAAAAAGAAAAAAAAGAAAAAGAAGAAGCAAAGUGAAGAUAACUCUCCUGCACAGGACACAGAAGAAUUAGAAAAAGAGAUUAGAGAAGAGCUUCCAGUGAAUACCUCUAAAGUCCGUCCAAAGCAGGAAAAAGCUUUUUCUUUGAAGACCAUAAGCACUAGUGAUCCAGCUGAAGCACUCAUCAAAAAUAGCCAGCCUAUCAAGACUCUUCCACCUGCUAUUUCUACCGAGCCAUCCGUUAUUUUAUCAAAAAGUGAUUCUGACAAGAGCUCUUCCCAAGUGCCACCGAUAUUACAAGAGACAGAUAAAUCCAAGUCCAAUACUAAGCAAAAUAGUGUGCCUCCUUCACAGACCAAGUCUGAAACUAACUGGGAAUCUCCCAAACAAAUAAAAAAGAAGAAAAAAGCCAGACGGGAAACGUGAAUAUAUUUUUCCUGAAUUGGACAUGUGUUUGCAAACACUGUCUGGAAGAUUAUGCUGUUUAUGCAAUAAUUUGUGAACAUGUACAGAGUUUUAUAUAAAUUUAAACCAAUUUUUAAAACAAAACUGUGAACACAACCACCGUAAAAAUGGAAUCAAAGGAAAGUUAAUUUAUGAAAUUAAGAGGUCAGCAGAAUAUACUCCAGUGCUGGAAGACACGUGGGGAGAGUCUUUUCAACUGAACAAGAAUGAUCUUAAUUUAAGAAUAUAUCCUGGUUUUAUAGCAGUGCCCUGUUUACAACAGCUUGUCCCUGUCGCCUCUGCAGCUGAGGAAUCCAGGGUUCUGAGGAGAGGGGGCUGUCUGCAAGUGGGCGGUCUUCUGCACGGAGCUUAGACCAUCUGAGGCUGUUUAUGCUUAAAUCCAAGUGCUUUGAUCAAAUGCAUAAUCUGCCGUCUCCUACAUCUAUGUUGGUAGCCGUUUGUAUUAAAGGAAUCACAAGUGCAAAUAAAGGUCACUUAUCAUUUGUUAACUAAACUCCUGGUUUAGUUUACAGUUUUUAAAAAGUUCUUAAUUAAAACAUUGAACAUGCAGUUGAUGGCUUGUAUGGCUUACGAAGUUAUUUUUGAUAGUCUUACAUUACUUGAAUUGUUCAAAGUUCAGUAUAUUUUAAAUUAAGAAAGGUAAACUAUAUGUAUUUGUUUUAUACUUGUAAGGUUCAGACUCACAAAUAAUGCUCUUGUUUAGAAUUUGAAAACUUUCAGGCAAAAUCCACGUUAACAUUUUUCCUUUUCCCUAGCAGUUUUCUUUUUUCCAGCAUCAACUCUUCUGCAUUGCUAAUACUUCAACUUUAAAAAUGAAAUCUCACAAAUUAGUUAUACAGACAGAACUUUGAGUAUGUGAUGGAGAAUGAAAAACUAGAGUCAGACAGCUUUAAUUGACAUUGUCAAGACCUCCAGUUAUCAGGAAUACAUUUUUUUACUGCCUUAACCUAUAGUGCGUAGAAUAUGCAUCAAUUUCUUGAGGGGGAUUCGUGUUUUUAUAAGAAUUUUCAUGUAAUUAUUGCAAUCGUGGUCAAAUAAGGAACGUUUUCUGCUUGAGACUAUUGAUUUAAAUGACGUGUGAGAUGUUUCACCAUUUUCAGGCACUGUGUAAUUCUAUUGUUAAUAAACUGGCAGGUAUCUUUGUAACUAUAAAUAGUGCAUGCUCAGCCAUGUACACUGUAAAUAGCCUUUACCAAACGUGUUUGACAAGGACCAUAAUUAACAUCACUUAGUGAAUUGUGAUAAAAAAAAAAAAGCCAUGAUUUAUUUGAUGUGAUUGGCUUGUUUUUACGUGGCGCCAAGAAUGAAACUGUUUAACAGCUGUAACCAAUGGUACUGACCUGUCCAUCCAAUCUUGUCCUUUAUUAUAUCUGAUUGUGGUUUGAUAGUAUUGCAUUGUCACACCAGGAAAGCUGAAGAAGCAAAAUGGUUUUAGUAACUGCUGAAGACCGGCCUUACUAACGGACAGCUUUCCUGCCGAGGAUUAUUAGCUUUUAUCAGGUGUUAACAUCUGUUUCAGGAAUACAGCAGUGUGUUUACAUGUCAGAAGUCUCGUUUCAUUCUAUGAUAUUUCUAAAUUGAUUUCUUUAAAUAAAUUCAGCAAAUGGA